AUAAUGCCGUCCUAUUUUUGGUAACAAUUAAAGGGCCUCCCGGUGAAAGCAGAAAGCUGUUUAUUUUCUGUUACAUCACUUCGCUUGCCUUCGAAGACUGGUCUGUGCUCACUGUUUUCUGUGAUGUGAGUCGGCUCUCUUCCUCCAGCAGUUGGCUGGCUCCCAUCUCACAGCACCUCACAGGUCUCUUUCCCCCCGAGCAGUGCACUGCCUGAGCGAGGAACAGCUCACGAAGCAGCCUGAGGUCCCUGUUUUGAAAAAGCAGAUACAGAGGCAGAGGAGGGUGGACUCCUGUGUGACCUGUUCAGAACAAGACAAAUCAGCAGCUGAAUUCCAGAAGCCCUGUUCAUGUGUGGGGAUAUUUUCUCGACUACAUGGAAUCAGAAAGAAGCAGAAGGAUGGGAAAUGCCUGCAUCCCCCUGAAAAGAAUUGCCUGUUUCCUAUGCCUCUUUUCCGUGGUUUUGCUGACUGAGGGGAAGAAACCAGCGAAGCCAAAAUGCCCUGCCGUGUGUACUUGUACCAAAGAUAACGCUCUCUGUGAGAAUGCCAGAUCCAUUCCACGCACCGUUCCUCCUGAUGUUAUCUCACUAUCCUUUGUGAGAUCUGGUUUUACUGAAAUCUCAGAAGGGAGUUUUUUAUUCACACCAUCGCUGCAGCUCUUGUUAUUCACAUCGAACUCCUUUGAUGUGAUCAGUGAUGAUGCCUUUAUUGGUCUUCCACAUCUAGAAUAUUUAUUCAUAGAAAACAACAAUAUCAAGUCCAUUUCAAGACAUACUUUCCGGGGACUCAAGUCUUUAAUUCACCUGAGUCUCGCAAACAACAAUCUCCAGACACUCCCAAAAGAUAUUUUCAAAGGCCUGGAUUCUUUAACAAAUGUGGACCUGAGAGGGAACUCAUUUAAUUGUGACUGUAAGUUGAAGUGGCUGGUGGAAUGGCUUGGCCACACCAAUGCGACUGUGGAGGACAUCUACUGUGAAGGCCCCCCGGAGUAUAAGAAACGCAAAAUCAAUAGCCUCGCCCCCAAGGAUUUUGAUUGUAUCAUUACAGAAUUUGCAAAAUCCCAAGAUCUACCUUAUCAGUCACUGUCCAUAGACACGUUUUCUUAUAUGAAUGAUGAAUAUGUAGUCAUUGCUCAGCCUUUUACUGGAAAAUGCAUUUUCCUGGAAUGGGACCAUGUAGAAAAGACCUUCCGGAAUUAUGACAACAUUACAGGCACGUCCACUGUGGUGUGCAAGCCUAUAGUCAUUGAUACUCAGCUCUAUGUCAUUGUGGCCCAGCUCUUUGGUGGUUCUCAUAUCUAUAAGCGAGAUGGUUUUGCAAACAAAUUCAUAAAAAUCCAGGAUAUUGAAGUUCUCAAAAUCCGAAAACCCAAUGACAUCGAAACAUUCAAGAUUGAAAACAACUGGUACUUCGUCGUUGCUGACAGUUCCAAAGCUGGGUUUACCACCAUUUACAAAUGGAAUGGAAACGGAUUCUACUCGCACCAAUCCUUACAUGCCUGGUACAGGGAUACUGAUGUGGAAUACCUAGAAAUAGCCAGAACACCAUUGACCCUCAGAACACCUCAUUUAAUCCUGUCCAGUAGUUCCCAGCGUCCUGUCAUUUACCAGUGGAGCAAAGCAACACAAUUAUUCACUAACCAAACUGACAUUCCCAACAUGGAGGAUGUGUACGCGGUGAAGCACUUCUCUGUAAAAGGUGAUGUGUACAUUUGCUUGACCAGAUUCAUUGGCGACUCCAAAGUCAUGAAGUGGGGUGGCUCCUCCUUCCAGGACAUUCAGAGGAUGCCAUCACGAGGAUCCAUGGUGUUCCAGCCCCUCCAGAUAAAUAAUUACCAAUAUGCAAUUCUUGGAAGCGAUUACUCCUUCACUCAAGUGUAUAACUGGGACGCAGAGAAAGCCAGAUUUGUGAAAUUUCAGGAAUUAAAUGUUCAAGCACCCAGGUCGUUCACACAUGUGUCCAUUAACAAGCGUAAUUUCCUUUUUGCUUCCAGUUUUAAAGGAAACACACAGAUCUACAAACAUGUCAUAGUUGACUUAAGCGCAUGAGACACCAAAUUCCAUGGCUGCCAUCAGAAACUUUCUACAGUAUGUGACCUGGAUGAACUCAAUGCAUGAUGACUCUUCUUAUCACACUUGCAGGUGAAUGCCUUUCAACAUCGAGACUGCUAAAGCCAAGACUACCAGUAUCACCAUCCUUAACUGUCCAAUCCAGUGGUGUGGGAAGUUACCUUUUAUAAGACCAAGUUUCAUUAUGUAACUGUUCUUUGCAGUGAAGAUGUAUAAAUAAGUGUUUAAUGGUAUCUGUUACUCCGAAAAAGAAAUAUUCAUAUGUACUUUUCCAUUUAUUUAUUCACAUGUUCAGAAACAACUGCCAAAUAAAAUGUUUACAUUUUCUUUCAUAUCCCAAAGGUAAUUAUUUACAAGAGCUGUUUGAUUCUUGUUGAUUGUAUGUUGAGGAAAUAGUUUUAUAUAAUAGGAUUAUAUUUGGAUCAAGGAUUUAUGGUAUGAAUAUUGAGUAAAGUUUAAAAAAAUGAAAAUGAUUUCCCAUAAUUUAUAAACAUGUUUAUCUGGGUUCUAUUAGAGGAUUUUGAACACUCGGAAGUCACGACUUUUAGGGACACUUUGAGAUGAAAGAGUAACACUUUUAAAUAAGAGGGAGAGAGUUUACCUAUUAUGUUAAGACUAAUCGGUAAUGAGGAGGAAACUUUUAAAUGAGAGGGAGAGAGUUUACCUAUUAUGUUAAGACUAAUCGGUAAUGAGGAGGAAGGUCAUCCUGUCCCAUCUGAUAGCCUCGGCUGAAAAUACCACUCAGCCAUUUGCUAGAAGAAAUUUCAGAUUUAGAACUGAGUAGCCCCUGAUCUAGGACUUUCUAAAUAUCUAACUCUAGAGUCGCCUGACAGCUGGUAGAUUGUAACUUUAUGUACAGCACUUGCCUCCCACGUGCUGGCUCUGGAGGCCUCUCUCUGAUGAAGAACUUUUUGCUUCUAGACACUGGAUUUGCUGUAACUGACCUGCCACACAGUGCCUACAAGGCUCAUGUUUGAUUUUCUAGAUUCCUGCUUCUGGAUCACUUGAGUCAUUAGUACCUUGUACACUGCCUGUUAUGUACAUAGUAGGCUCUCAAAAGAUGUUUUUCAAAGGCUGGGUAUAUAGUUUCAUGGAGAAGUACUUGUGUGGCAUGUGUAAAGCCCUGGGUUCAAUUCUCAGCACCAGACAAAAAGCACUUUUGAAAACAUGUGUGGCUUCUUCUCUUCUAAUAAACUCUAUAAGCCCCUCUGACCUACCUAGUACUUACUGAGUACUUGUUGAGAAUGUAGUGUGGUUGUGGGAAACUGAUACAGGAGUAGGGUGUGAUGCCUGCCCUCUGUAGUCUUAGAAAAAGAAUUGAAGUGGGCUAAAAGUACAGAAUUAUCUAGAGAUUAAGCAAUGAGUGUGUGAAGCGUCAUCUGAACAGUCUGGAUUUGGAAUAUCAUAGGAAUAGUAAGCGUGACUUUGGGGAUGCUAUGCUCUUUGACUUAAGGGAAGAUGCAAUUUCAAAAGGAGGUUGUGUGGGGAAGAAAUCGCUGGCACAAACUGCUGUGUGUGCUGUCUGUAUGGAGGGCUUUUGAGUUUGCUUACGUUCCCCACUGGGUGGAGGUGGGCAGACAGCAGCUUCCCAGGCCCAGUAUAAGUCUGAUAGACUGAGGCAUCAGGAGUCCCCAUAAUAAUGACACAGUCUCCAAAGAAUCAACACCCUGGGUUGUUGUGCAUAAGGGCCAGAUUUUAUUAUUCAAAUAGAAAAGAUAUUAGGUCUGGCUUCAGGGUUAUAGGGGAGAAAAAGGUUUAACUACUUCUGAUCCUACACCUAGGAGAACUGGCCUUGGAACACCUCUUCCUCUGUUCUGAUAAGCAACAUUAUAUGCUGCUGGAGAAUGCCUGCUUUGUACAGUCUGGGUAGAACUCCAGCUCUGCCAUGCAUAAGCUUUGCAAUAGGCAAGGUACUUAACCCACCUGAGCCCACUUUUUCAUUUGUAAAGAUGGGCAACAAUACCUACUUCCAAGGAGGAGAGAGUUAAAUGAGAAAACACAUGAGCAGCAGAUGGUAUUUCCCAAAUAUAGCCCCUACCACCCCACCCACCUACCAUGCUCUGUGAGACCCGGCCUGAAAUUCAUUAAGAGGUAGGCAUCUAACUUACCUGUUCUUUGUCUGAAUGGUUGAUGACUUGCUUGUAAUUCAUUGACUAUGGUGAAAAUGAUACAAUUUGGCAUCCAUGCUAGGUCAUGAAAACCAUGAACUCAUCCUUGCCUUGUAAAUUGGGACACUUGCUGCUGAGCCCCAAACAGCUGCGUAAGAAGUCUUAUUAACCAGAGGCCAUUGUUCUGUGUUGAAAACCAAACCCCAUGGAGCAAUCACCUCCUGGUGCUUUGGUCAACAGGCCCAGCUGGUGUCACAGCCAACAGCCACCAUCAACCUCCAGUCCUGCGAAGCCUACAACUCCAGAUCCUGCAGUCAAGGAACAACAUGACAUCAGACCUUCUCAUCAGAAGGGCAGCCAUUAGAGAGCAGCAAGCCAUCCACAAUAUCCCUGUCCAAAUUCGUGCCCCAGACUCUAUGAGCAUAAUAAAGUGGUUGUUUUAAACGGA